UGCAGGUUAUUAGUGAUGAGCGCUCACUUUGGAUGUACACUCUGCUGUUUACUUCUCUACAACUUUGGGCAAGACUUUCAGCUUCCACUUCCACUUCCUCUCCGUCCCUUCCAGCACCUAAACUUGACAUCCAUUUGAGAACAGGGGACUCUGUGGUCCUGAUUUGCGAGGUUCCAGGGGGCUACACUGGGGUUCAGUUCAUGCUGUUCCAAUACAAGGACAAGGUGGACUCCCAGGAGCUGCUGUCUGGUGCUCAGCAUGCUCUCUUCAACAUCAGGGUAAAAGAAGGGGACCCACAUGAACUUUUCUGCUGUCUGUACAAGGACCAGCAGAACCGUUACAGUAUGUUCAGUCCCUAUUUGCGGAUCGAGAUCCUAAAAGCUGCAACCCCUACUCGCUCCAUACCCUCUUUCCCCCCUCCAAGCCUGUCUGUGGAGCCUUCUGCUGGUGUGGUAAAACGUGGAGACACGCUGUCCUUCAGCUGCUCUGUCCCUGCUCCCAUACCCCAAUCUCAGUCCAGCUCUAAGAACAAACAAGUGUCCUUCUUUUUGCUGAAAACCACUAAGGGAACAGGGACAACAUCCAUCAUCCACCAGCCUCAGGCCAGCCUGGUGUCAAAUACCAAACCACAGCCAGGAGUCUUCAAUGUUGGGCCAGUGACAGGAGGAGAGGGUGGCGAGUAUACCUGCAUCUACCAGAUCACCAAAAAAAGGGGACUGGUCAAUUCAACUGUCAGUAACACAGUCCAAGUCACCAUCAUAGACAUGCUGCCAGCGCCCACCCUUGUUCUCCAGCAGCACACAGAAGUUUGGCAUUUGCUCUGUGUAGGGUCCCCUGCUUACCCCGGUGCUGAGUUUUCACUUUACCAGGCAGAUAAUGACCUCCCUGUUGCGAGACACUAUGCUAAAUGGUUCCACCAUAAGGCUGUGUUCCCAGUGCCUGUCCAGGACACUUCAGUGGCUUCGUACCAAUGCCAGUACAGUGUCCUCCUAAGAGGGGAAUGGAGCUACUCUGAACGCAGUUACCCUCUGGCUUUAACCGGAGGGGUUCCCCCUCCAACAUCAACAGCCUUGUCAGGUGUGGAUUGGCCUCUUGCACUGGGCUCUUUCUCUGCUGCAGUCUUAUUCCUCAGCUCAGCGGCACUUGUGGUUAUGUUGGCAUGCAGGAAAGUGAAAGCAGCAGCCAAAGAAAAGAAGAAAAGGCAGGAUGCACAUUACUGGGCUGAAGACCAUGUUGUUGACUUUACACUCAGGCGUAGCAGCUUCAACUCUCAGGAAUGGGCCUGCAGGGACACAACGACUGAGACAGCCUUCAGAUUUCCUGUACAGAACCCUCCCUCCACAUUCACUUAGAAAUGUAUCUGUCUCUCUCUCUGUGUCUCUCUCUCUCUCUCUGUCUCUCUCUCUCUCUCUCUGUCUCUCUCUCUCUCUCUCUCUCUCCCGCUCUCUAUGCAGGUGUGUACGUGUGUUUACACUUUAUUCUAGCAUAGCAAUGUAGCAUCAGUUGGAGUCGCACAGCAUGACAGGGAAAGCUAUUUCCUCAUUUCCUAUUUCAUGUGCAGAAUUGCAAUUGUACAAUUUGACAGGAUGUACUGUUUGUUUGAUCUUAUAUGUUGUUGAGCCACCAAAUCUAAAUACAGAUUGUUUUUUU